CCAUCCCGCGUGAUCGUGUACGAGACCUGUCAAGGCGGCGUAGGGAUCGUCCAACGUGUGGCGACGCUGUUUCCCCAGAUCGUCGCGUGUGCAAAGUCCAUCGUCGACACGUGCGACUGUGUGGACGGCUGUCCUCGGUGCAUCCACUCGCCCCAUUGCUCUGAACUCAACUUGGCCGUGUCCAAGCCAGGCGCGAUUGCCGUCUUGGCGUACAUGGCUGGCCUCCUCUUGUGUCCUUGA